AUGGAAAACCAAUCCAGCACCUCUGAAUUUUACCUCCGAGGAAUAUCUGAGUCACCAGAGCAACAGCAAUUAUUCUUUGGAAUUUUCCUGUGUCUGUAUCUUGUCACCUUGACAGGGAAUGUGCUCAUCAUCCUGGCCAUCGGCUCUGACCCCCACCUCCACACCCCCAUGUACUUCUUUUUGGCCAAUCUGUCUUUUGUUGACAUGGGUUUAACAUCCUCCACAGUAACCAAGAUGCUGGUAAACAUACAGACUCAGCAUCAUACCAUCUCCUAUGUUGGUUGCCUCACACAGAUGUACUUCUUUCUGAUGUUCGGGGACCUGGACAGCUUCUUCCUGGCUGUGAUGGCAUAUGACCACUACGUGGCCAUUUGCCACCCUCCCCGCUACCCCACAGUCACGAGUCCACGAGUCUGUGCCAUGCUGCUUGCAUUGUGCUGGGUCCUCACUCACAUGGUUGCCCUGACUCACACCCUCCUCAUGGCUCAGCUGUCCUUCUGUGUUGUGGGGGAAAUAGCUCACUUCUUCUGUGACAUAAUUCCUGUCCUGAAGCUGUCGUGUUCUGACACCCACAUCAACGAGUUGAUGGUUUUGGCCUUAGGAGGCACCAUGCUCAUCGUGCCCUUUAUUUGCGUUGUCAUCUCCUACAUUCACAUUGCAGCUGCCGUCCUCAGGGUCCGAACUCCUGGUGGGGGUGGCAAGGCCUUUUCCACCUGCAGUUCCCAUCUCUGUGUUGUCUGUGUGUUCUAUGGGACCCUCUUCAGUGCCUAUCUCUGCCCUCCAUCUGUUGCCUUUGAAGGGAAGGACAUUGCAGCAGCUGUAAUGUACACUGUGGUGACCCCCAUGCUGAACCCCUUUAUCUACAGCCUAAAGAACAAGGACAUGAAGGGGGCCUUAAGGCUCCUCAGUCCUAGGAGAAUUCUUUCCUCUUAG